GUUCACCGCCGACCCCCCGCGCAUGUGCAGUGGGGACAGAGCGCGGGUGCCAUUUUGUUGGCAAUAGCAGUCUCAGGUUGUGUGAAAGCCAAGCGGCUGCGAUGGCGGCUGACAGCCAGGUUCCGCUGCACCACCUCACUCACAGCAGCGUGGUGGAUUUCAGAGGGGAGCGGAGAAAGGGAAACCUCCACCCGGAUAACGAUGCGACACGGCAGCUGGAACAGUUAGAAGAAAAGGAAAGGGGAAAUCCUGAUGAAAUUACAGCCACGCCAGAGAUUCUUGAUAGUAAAAUACCAAAGAGGGUGGAGAAAGGGCACAUGGUGGUGGGUGAGGAGGCAGAAGAUUGUAGAGAACAGAAUUUUAAAGAGCAGCAUGAAACUAAUAUCCUAUCAGGACCAGCAAGUGUUGUUGGAGAGAAAGGAACCACAGCAGAGGGGUCAGGAGAAGUUCAUUGUUCAGUUCCUGUAGAGACUCCCUCUGAAGACCUCCAGCUGUUGGCGCAAUACAUGAUCAUCACAGACACCUACCUGGAUGAGGAUCAUUCCCUAGCUGAGCUGCAAGUGGAGGAUAUGAUUACACUGGAUAUGGACAAUGAUGUGCAGCUGGAUGCACCCAAGAUGGACUCUGCACGACUUAUGAAGGAAAAUGCAGGCAUCAAAAAAAUGUUUAUGACUGGAAACACAAGUGAGAUGCGAGAACUGAAUUUUGAUAGUACAGAGAAAGGACAGUAUCCAAGAACUGAGCAAAGCAGUGGUGAAACCGUAAAAGAUGAAGGUUUUGGCAAAGCAGACGAGAAUGAUGUUUCGAUUGUAGUGGACUGUGAACCAAAUAAGAGCUCAAUUAAGGAUAGCAAGCAUGCUAAUAAUGAAAUAAAUCCAUUGAAAGGGCUCUCCGACAACCAUGGGACAUCAGAUGACAUGGACAAAAACCUGUUGGAUGAAAGUGAGCCUAAAUACAAAAGGUCUGCAGAGGAGAAAGUUAGAAAUGUGACAGGUUCCAAUCCAGGUUGCAAAUCCAAAGCUGAGAAUGACUGUGAACAACCUAGAGACAGGCCAUCUGUUCGUGGGAAAAGCGAUACCGAAACUAACAUUCGAGGAGAUUCGAUGAAGCAGGAAAAUGAUGUUAAUAGAAAGUACAGACACAGAGAGAAGGAUGGUUACAAACGCAGAUCUUCACGAUCAAGAACUCGAAGUUCAGAGAGAAAGAGAAUAGGGAGAGGAAGGAGUCGGAGCUCUGAGAGGGGAAGGAGUCGUUGGAGCUCGGAAAGGAGAAGUCGGAGUGCAGAGAGGAGGAGGAAGAGUCGAAGCUCUGAGAGGGGAAGGAGUCACUGGAGCUCAGAAAGACGCCAGAGAAGUCGGAGCUCAGAGAGGCAAAGGAGUAAAGAACGAAGGAGGACUUCAAGAUCCAGAAGUCGUCAUAGAAGCUCUCCCAGCAAAAAGAGAGAUUCAUCUAUAGAGAAGACCCAUGAGCUGAAAGAACAACCAUGGAGGUUGGAUCCCAAGGAAGCAUUGUGGGCUGUUGAAAGACGCAGAGAGCGUGAAAUAUGGGAAGAGGAAGCUAGAGAGUUAUUGGAAAGGGACCUUGAUCGACUCCAGCUUGAGAGGAUGUGUCUUGAAAGAGGGAGACUGGAUGAAUCUUUUCCAAUAAGGCAGAGAUUAUUGUUAAGGGAGGAAGCAAAGCAAAUACAGGAACGAACUUACCGACAGAGGCAAGUGCUGCUACAGAAAAUGUGCUUGGAAGAAGCUGUAAAAUGGCAGUUUCUUGACAUUGGACCACAUGGAGCAUGGGAACGAGAAACAAGACAAGAAUGGGAAGGUAGAGAACUAUUAAGAAGAGAAUUGGACCAAGUAAGGUACAAAAGAUUACGUCUUGACAGAAAAACACUGGAACCCGAGACACAGGAAAGAUUACGAUUCUUAGAUGGGGAGGGAGGGAAAGAGCAGGAGCGUAAUUUCCGUGAAAGGGAAUGUCUACACUCUAACAUGUAUUAUGAAGAAACUUUGAAAAGACCUGAUAUUGGGUACUGCCGAGGUUUGAGUGGUGAUCCUAGCUGGAAGAUGGAAGGAUUUCCUGAUCUAUCUUCCCAGGGGAAGCUGGGAACAGGCCUGACAUCGGGCACAGCUGUCCAGAGGAGCCUGAAAGGUUUAUACAGAAUGGAGCUAGCAGAAGCUCAGAGGACUGACCCUUCACUGGAAGCUGUGCGAUAUCAGGCCAUGCAUCCCACCAGCAAAACAAAUAAUGACCUUGGGGGUACAUUCCUGUACAAAGACGGGAUAUUAAUUCGGCGAUGGAGUCCAAAGGAAGGCUUUUUCAAGGGUUCAGAAAUAUUUGAGGAAGUGGUAGUCCCUGAGAUAUAUCGUGGUGAGAUAUUAAAGGUUGCUCACAACAUUCCGUGCUCUGAACACCAAGGCAUUAAGCACACAGGACGCCGUAUGCUGCAGUAUUUCUACUGGCCAUCAGUUUUCAUUGAUGUGGCACAUCAUUGCAAAGCAUGUGAAAAAUGUCGUUAUUCACAUAAACGAGGAGAUGCAGGCAAUCUGGGGUUACGACCCCUACCCACUAUCAACAUACCAUUUAAAAGAGUGAGCAUUGAUGUAGUGGGACCAUUGCCUUUCACAACUAACUCUGGGAAGAGGUACAUUCUUAUGAUGGUGGAUUGUGCAUCCAGAUAUCCUGACGCAACAGCACUUGUCUCAGUCGAAGCAGACAUUGUCGCCAUGGCCCUGCUUGUAAUGUUUACACGAGUCGGGUUUCCAGAUGAGAUACUGUCCAAUCAGGGCGAGAAUUUUAUGUCCCAAUUGGUUAUGCAGCUAAAACGGCAGUGCCAAGAGAAGCAGCUCCGCAGCAACUCAUAUUAUCCCCAAGUAAAUGAACUGGUGGAAAAGUUCAAUGGGACAUUGAAACAAAUACUGCGUACCUAUGCUGAGCAGAACCCUUGUGACUGGGAUGAAAAGUUGCAGUAUCUUCUGUUUGCCUGUAGGGAGAUGCCACAGGACUUGACUGGGUUCUCACCCUUUGAGCUUCUAUAUGGGCGCCGAGUAUAUGGGACUUUGCUUCUGAUCAAAGAGGCUUGGUUAGGGAAAUGCUUUGGCACGGAUAAGUACAUAGUGGAACAUGUGCUGAAUGCAAGGGAUGCCUUACUUGAUUUGAUAGAAAAUAUUCCAGAAGAUCGGAAACAGUCUAUAUAUGGCCGAAAUCUCUGGUACUGCCAUAAUGCUGGAACCCGAGCAUACGAUGUAGGUGAAAGAGUGCUGGUACUACAGCCUGUAAAACGACAAAAAACACAGCUUCACUGGGAAGGCCCAUAUACUGUGGUGGAGCCAGGAAAAUACGUGUAUUAUACGGUUGAAAUACCAUUUAAUAAAUUUCGAAUAUACCACGUUAACAUGAUGAAGCCUUACCUUGAUUCCUAGGAGAUUACUAUAGUAGAGUAAAAUGUUUGAUUUUUAGUUUGUUUCCUUGUUUUAGAGAUUACAUUGGUUCCUUGACUUAAUUAUAAUUAUUUCUAAAAUAAAUAAAAAUUUUAAGACCCAGAAACCAUAAACAACAUGCAAAUUUGGGUGUUCGGUAAUGCGUGAGUUGCUGAUACCAAUUUACAGAUAUCUAGUACAUUCACCCCUUUACUUUGUGGGAUCCAUCUCGUCUUUGAAAAGAAAUAUGUAUGGAUUUGUCAAGGAUAAACGGUCAUUAAGUUCCCAAACAAAAAUGGUUGACAAAUGAAGUUUUAAAAGCAAAGGGAAUUUGAAGGACAGGAGGUCUUUUGUAAUUUGUGUAUGAACAAGUUGUCAACAUAUCAUUAAUUGUCUGUACUUGAAGGAAAUGAUGAUUUGAGCAGGUUAACGAAGAGCUGAAUUGACCAUGAGUGAAAGGAGCUGCCAUUUGACAGACUACAGUUAAACCAGAAGGGUAAUUAACUAAUUACAGACUUAUUCAAUGUAUAUUUAUUUGUAUCAUUAAAUGUAUAUGUACAUUUCAUAAUUGCUGAGUAUUGUGUCUCAGAUUGCUGUUCACUGCUGUUUAAAUAAAGUAAUUAGUUGUUUUAGUCUGUAAA